AACUCUAAUCUGCUGUUUUCAUAUAAUUUAUAGGAUUUUUCUAUUUUUUGGAGUGUCACAUACUGGUUUAAGGCUUCUGAGAUUUGGAUUUAUUGAAGUUGUCACCAGCAGAAUUUCGAGCUUUGUACAAUGGGUAGAGGAAGAGGAAAGGGAAAGAAGCAAUCUGUUCGUGAGGAUCUCGGAAGUGGUGAAGAAGAGAAGAUACCAAUCCGGAGAAGGGGAAGACCACUGAAGCCAUCAAAGGAUGAAAUAGGGGAAGAAGAAGAAGAAGAAGAAGCAAUGAAAGUGAAAGAAGAAGAAAAUGACAGUGAGAAUACAAAAGGUUCUGUCUUUAAUAAAGAUGUCAAGAACCAAGGUGUUGUGAAUGGAAAGAAGAGGAAGAGAACUUCACAAGUCAAGGAAGUAGAUUCGACGAAAGUGGAAAAUGGUGUUGGGAACAAAACUAACUCUAAUGAGUUAAUAAAGUCGGUUGGAUUUAGACAAAACGGGAGUAGGAGGAAAAACAAGCCUAGGCGAGCUGCUGAAGUUGGCGUUGAAUGCAGAUGAACAGCUCUUUGCUAUUGAGGACUGAUUCUAUACUGAUCUAUAUCUGCUUUUCAUUUUACCCCUUGUUAUUGUUUCUUGUUUUUUUGAAAUUUAGCUAAAACUUUGUGAAGAACUGAAUUUUGUUCAAAUUCUAGUAGACUUCAAUGUGCUGCUGCUGCUAAUCACUUAGCAGGUUCCCUUGUUUUGCAUAUGUCAUGGAAAACUAAGCAAUAUUUUCCCGUGUACUCUAAUCUUUGUCGCCUUUGAUUUUAUAUGUAUGAUGCCCUUCUUUGGUUUUGAA